AUGAACAGUGAUCCUGGACUGGCUGUUGGCUACACGGCCUUCAGCGGCGUGGACUUCGAGGGAACGUUUCAUGUGAACACGGUGACUGACGAUGACUACGCCGGCUUCAUCUUCGGGUACCAGGACAGCUCCAGCUUCUACGUGGUCAUGUGGAAACAGGUGGAGCAGAUCUACUGGCAGGCCAACCCGUUCCGGGCCGUGGCCGAGCCGGGAAUCCAGCUCAAGGCGGUGAAGUCGACGACAGGCCCAGGGGAGAACCUCCGUAACGCUCUGUGGCACACGGGCGACACCUCGGACCAAGUGAAGCUGCUCUGGAAGGACGCUCGCAACGUGGGCUGGAAGGACAAGACCUCCUACAAGUGGUUCCUACAGCACCGACCGGCCGACGGAUACAUCAGAGUGCGCUUCUAUGAGGGGACACAGAUGGUCGCUGACACCGGAGUCAUCAUCGACGCCACGAUGAGAGGAGGACGACUCGGAGUCUUCUGCUUCUCACAAGAAAACAUCAUCUGGGCCAAUCUGCGGUAUCGCUGUAACGAUACUCUUCCACUGGACUUUGACUCUUACCGAGCGCAGCAGGUGCAGCUCGCCGUCUGA